GAAAAUGCACGUGACCGCAAUGGCUGCUGCUCUCUAAGCCUUGCAUCCAUUUGCGCGGCUCCGUGAACACCAGUUUCUUUGCAGAAAACUCGCAGAGCUCUUGUCAGACUCACACCGUCUGACGAAGCAGACCGUCCUAUACCGGGCCACUCCUCGUCUAAGGACUUCGGAAAAGAAGCACAGGACAAAACAUAAACGGCUCGGUUCGGGACUUCCACCAACCAACACGUCGGUAGGAGGAGUCAACAGAUGCCUAUGUCACUGCCAUGGCAGACCACUGCUUUUGGAGGUUAAUAGCAGCCUGACACAGCUGUUUCUUCGGGGUUAGGGCUUCGCCACGGUGCAAGGAGGAAGGUUGCCAGUCCGCUACAGGUGCGUUGCCGAGACUGAAAGUGAGUCCACCACGGCGAUUAGGGGCUGACCUGGGGCAAACCGGGCUACGGUGAGAACUAAAACCAGACGUCGUCAUAACGAUCCUCCUCCUCCACUCCGUCGUGUUGUUGUAUGAGCUCUGCUGAGUCACUGGAGAGAGAGAGAGAGAGAGAGAGAGAGAGAGAGAGAGAGAGAGAGAGAAGCUGUCAUCAUCCAAUCCUCCCAAGGCCUGAGAAGUCUAUCCAAUCCUGGACAAGGUGUCUGGAGUCCAUUGGUGCCAGAUGAUUCUGCCUAGCGACCUCCCUUAGUAUUUAUGUAAUUGGGUGUUUCAUUCAUGGUAUAAAGCUUAGUGGCCUAGUCUACCUCUAUCUAUCUCAGUGGGACGCUCUUCACAACAAGGCAGAGGACCAGCCUUUUGGAAGAGAAUAGCCUAUAAGUUUCUCUGAAGUGUCCACCUGGAACAUCAGCGUACCCGAGCAGCUCUAUUUCACACACCUACCCAAAUCCCUGUUGUUGUCCACCGUCACCCACCACCACCCACCUCUUCUUAAUUCAUUGGAUUACGUCGUCACCGGCGGUUGAGGUUGGGGGGGGAUGUAGACCGACAUCGCCACGGAUACCUACAGGAGACUCUUUGGACUCGGCUCAAGGUCCGCCGAGCAGAACAUGGCGGGCAAGGGUAACCCCCGCCACCCCCCGGGGGGGCCAGGGAGUGCGGGGGGCCCCACUGUCUCUGUGGGGGGAUUCCCCAUGCCUCACUACUCCUACUUCUUCCCCCACAUGCUGGGGGGGCUGUCCCCUCCCACCCUCUCCGGACUGCCCGUCAACGGAUACAGCACCCCGUCGCCAGCCACCAUAGAGACCCAGAGCACCAGCUCGGAGGAGAUAGUCCCCAGUCCUCCCUCGCCGCCUCCUCCCCCGCGAAUCUACAAACCCUGCUUCGUUUGUGCGGACAAGUCCUCGGGAUACCACUACGGGGUCAGCGCCUGCGAGGGCUGCAAGGGUUUCUUCCGGCGAAGCAUCCAGAAGAACAUGGUGUACACCUGUCAUCGAGAGAAAGGCUGCAUCAUCAACAAGGUCACCCGCAACCGCUGCCAGUACUGCCGCCUGCAGAAGUGUUUAGAAGUGGGCAUGUCCAAGGAGUCGGUGAGGAACGACAGGAACAAGAAGAAGAAGAAGGAGGAGAAGAAGCCAGAGUGUACGGAGAUCUACGUGCUGAGUACCGAGACGGAGCAGAUGAUUGAACGCGUUCGCAAGGCCCAUAAGGAGACUUUUCCCUCGCUCUGUCAGCUGGGCAAAUACACCACGAAUAACAGUGCAGAGCACCGCGUGGCUCUAGACGUAAACCUGUGGGAUAAGUUCAGUGAGCUGUCCACUAAGUGUAUCAUCAAGACGGUGGAGUUUGCCAAACAUCUGCCAGGCUUCACCACCCUCACUAUCGCUGACCAGAUCACCCUGCUCAAGGCUGCCUGUCUGGACAUACUGAUUCUGAGGAUCUGCACGCGCUACACUCCAGACCAGGACACCAUGACCUUCUCAGACGGGCUGACCCUGAACAGGACCCAGAUGCACAACGCAGGCUUCGGCCCGCUCACAGACCUGGUGUUCGCCUUCGCCCAGACACUCCUCCCCCUGGAGAUGGACGACGCCGAGACCGGCCUGCUCAGCGGCAUCUGUCUGCUGUGUGGAGACCGUCAGGAUCUGGAGCAGGCAGACAAGGUGGACUUGCUACAGGAGCCCCUACUGGAGGCUCUGAAGAUCUACGUGAGGAAGAGGAGGCCUCACAAACCGCACAUGUUCCCCAAGAUGCUGAUGAAGAUCACGGACCUCAGGAGCAUCAGCGCCAAGGGAGCGGAGCGAGUGAUCACUCUGAAGAUGGAGAUCCCAGGCUCCAUGCCCCCUCUCAUCCAGGAGAUGCUGGAGAACUCAGAGGGUCUGGAGGGCCAGGGGGCCAGCGGGGGCCGCUCCAGCGGAGGAGGGGCCCCACCAGGCAGCUGCAGCCCCAGCCUGUCCCCCAGUUCAGCUCGCAGCAGCCCCCCUGCACCCUCCCCUUAGACGGGGGUCCACCACCACCCCCCAGACAGGGACAGCCAGAAGGCGUGACUACAGACUCCCACACUGUGACAAACCAGGCCAGAGUGGAGUGGGGUUAGGAAGAGGGCCAAGCCUGGGCCCAACCAAUAUGGACUUUGACACUUUGGGGGCAAACGUAGGCCUCGAUGGACAGCCGUCCCCCCCACUCCCCCUAUCUCAGACCCAGACCGGGCACCGAAACGGGGCCGAAACCGACCCCAUCAUACUUGACUGAACAAUACGGGGGGCGGGCGGGCAGGCGGGCAUCUCACUUGGAUGGCACUAUCCCCAUCACCCCCCCCACCACAACUAUAGACAUGCCUCAGAACCAACACCAGGGAACGGCUGCCCCGCCACGCAAGGAGUUUAAUCUGAGAUGUUCUGUUUACUCUCCUCAGUGACGACUCUGUGUUCCUCCUCUCUCCCCCUUAAGGCAUUGGAGAGGAAUUCAGGCUCGGUGCCCGUCAGACCUGGGGUGAAGGGGUCGACAAGACACACGUCUUUCUGCAGGGAACUAGACAGACAGACGGACAGCUUGACAUUGGGCACGAGUCAUCCCUAAAUGUUGUCAGGGACAGCAAACGGGGGGGCCCGAAGGGGUGCCUGCCUCACCUUCUCCUAUACAAAAGACAGAUUUUUUUCUUCUUACAAAAGAUAUAUGGAAAUAUAAAUAUAUAUAUUGAAAAAGUAAUGAUUGCAAUUUGAAUUGUCCUAGGUGGAAUGAUGCAUAAAAGAGGAGUUGCUAUCUUUUUUCCAAAUGUUUUCCCUCACUGUUCUUUCGAACUUGUGAUCCCCCACCUCCCCAGACCUAGUGUUUUGUUCUCUCCGUUUCACCCAGGAAUAUCGGCACACUAAGUAGUCACAGUGGAAAUGUGUUUUUUUUCUCUCUCCUCUAUCAAAUCAAUAGAUAAGUAGAACAAAAAUGAUUUUCAGAUGCAAUUCACUUUAUGCACUAGACCUCUUGCACUGUCACGUUCACAGGUUGGAUCAAAUUGAUACACAAAACACAAAUUGGACCAGGUUGGGUUGGCAUCUCUCUGUUCUGUUCCGUUUACAGUAUUUCGUUUUUUUUCGUGGGUGGAAAAUAAAAGAAAACAUAGUGGCUCUAAUGAUCGAGAGUCAAGUCGUUGUGGAGUUAUGAAGAUGCUCUGUGAGAUAAUAGCAGCCGCGACAAAAUGUACAUAAGAUGUAUUCCUUCUUUUUAAAAGUACACGGAGUCUAGACCUUUUUUUGACAUUGUCAAAGCCUUUUAUGUUCAGCUUUUUUGUUCUCGUUUUGGUUUCUGCAGUAAAGGCAUUGAUCACUAAAUCGACUGUUUGGACCACCUAAGGAAGGGGCUGACUUCUAAGGACCACUACGGCCGUUGACAACCAGUAAAGAGUUACAUUUCGAGUUACACCUGAAAUAAAAUGGAAAGAUUUAUGACAAUUUGUUGACCGACAGCUCCGUGAUCCCCUUCUCCCCCUCUUUUCCCAAGGUGGUCCCUCCCUCAUUCCACGUCUGGAUAGUGUAUGUGUUACCCCCCCCUAACACCACUGCCUCUGUGCACAUUCUCAAUAUCUAUGCCCCCCCCACCCAUCAGUCCAAAAAUGUCCCACGUUACCAGUAUGCUCACAACACCACUGCCUCUGUGCACGUUCUCAAUAUCUAUGCCCCCCCAUCCGUCAGUCCCAAAAUGUCCCACGUUACCAGUAUGCUCACAACACCACUGCCUACAUGUUCCCCAUCUCUCUCUAGUCCCCCACCCCCCCACCACCACACAACACAACAGCACUGCCUCUCUAAGUCUGUUUCACAGUAUCAGCACCUCUCUCUUUAUCUAUCAUGACAACGCAACUGCCUCUGUUUUACACACUAUCAGUAUUUAUCUGCCUGUCAUCCCGGACUCUUGUGACACAUCCGAGUACCUAGCUGUUCCCUAGCCUGGCCUUGGAUCAGUUUGUGCCGUCUUGCCGAUGCAUGACAACAAAACAGGAGUGGGCAAGACCGUACAAACUGUUCUGGUAUCAGGCGAGCUAUUCGCCCCGCUCUCUACCGCUGUUUACACACUAGUGUGACUUACACUUACCCAUCUCCUUUCCCCCCACGACGCCACUGCCUCUGCUGUUCAGUAGCAGUGGACCUGUCCUUCACAACGGAUCGAACGGGGCCAACCUCACUGCAGCCAGUAUGACAACGCACAACUGCCCCCCCCUGCACUCUCACUUGUAAUGCAAUCGGAUGCACAACCAGCAUUUGCGGAUAAAAUAAAUAAAUAACUGUUUUGAUUAUGCCAGAUCAUUGGACGAAGAGAAUAAUGUUUAAUAAAGAACCAUGUCUGUGUGUUUUUUAAAAAUGUUUCUUAAUUAACUCCACCAUUUAUACGUUUGUGUAUAGCAGCAUUUUGGUGGACCUGGGACUAUAGCAGGUCUCGUUGCAAAAAACAAUACAAGAUCCAGACACCCUUUAAUGGUUAUACUACAGUUUUCUUCCCUUAUUGGCCCCUCGAUUUAGUUCAGACAAUACACGGAGUGUGCAAAACAUUAGGAUCAACUAUUUCCCUGACAGACUGCCCUAUGUGAAUGUUAGGAUUUCUUACAGAUGUCACUUGUUAAAUCCACUUCAAUCAGUGUAGAUGAAGGGGAGGAGACGGGUUCUAAGAAGGAUUUUUGUGCCAUUUGAGGGUGAAUGGACAAGACAAAAUAUUUAAGUGCCGUUGGGUUAUGAGAAUAAGAAAUACACUUCUUCGUGUCACUGGGGGAGACUAGGGGAAUAAUGUUCACCUUCUGUCCGGAUAUGUUAUGGUUGGCUAUCAGGGAUGCUAUGGGAGCAGAAAAGAGUCUGGUACGAGUCAACACGACCCCCCGUGAGUUGAGGAGGAGUGAGCACUUUGGGGCAGAGGAAGUGAGGAAGAACAGAUAUCACGAAGGUUCUGCCUAGCAACAGCGAUGCAUUGGCUGUUCAGAUGUGUAGGAGGAGACUCGGCAUAGGAGAAAGGGUUCAACAUCGGUGCUGGUGGGAAUGUGUAUUUUGUCUUACGCAGCUGUAUUGACCCAAUGGGUGAAUAAACUUGGUUUAAGCUUUA